AUGGACGUCUUCUUGAGGAACCUAAUAUUCGCCUGGCUAUUGCUACCGGCCCUUGUCGUGGCGGCGCCGACAUCCGCUCCUGCUCCGACUUCUCCUUCAUCUACUCCAACAUCUCACCAGGCUGGCGGCGAAGAGCAUAUCGUCAUCAUUGACAAGAAUGCCCCAGUCAUACCACAGGUGGCCGAGGUUCUCAACCGGUUGGAUCUGCACGAAAAGCACCCCGACGUCCGACGUGUGUUCAACAACAGUGCUUUCCAAGGCUUUGCUGCAUCGAUGAAGUCGCAUUGUCUGGAUCUCCUGGCGAAUAUGUCGGAUGUGUCGACUGUUGAGAAAGCAGUCACGGUCAGCAGAGCAUCCAUUGAUACGAGACCAAACGCACCUUGGGGUCUCCAGCGCAUCUCGACAGCUUCAUCCGUUGGCGGCAGCCCUUCGGCCUUGGCCUACACCUACUCUUACAGCGACUCGUCACUCGGCUCUGGCUCCGACGUCUAUAUCAUCGAUACUGGCAUUUACACCGAGCAUAACGUCUUCGGUGGCCGGGCCAAGAUGCUCUGGUCCUUCGAUGGCAACACAGAAGACAAGGACGGCCACGGAACGCACGUCGCCGGCACCGCGGCUGGAGCAAUUCUGGGUAUCGCUUCCAACGCCAACAUUUACGGCGUCAAAGCUCUCGACGCCGACGGAGGAGGCUGGUCCAGCAACGUGGUCGCAGGAAUUGACUACGUCCUCCAACGCCACGAUGCUCGGCGCGCAGCAGGAGCCAACUUCACCGGCUCCGUCAUGUCCAUGUCUCUGGCCACGACCUCUCCCGUCACAGCAAUCACCCAAGCCGUGAACGCCGCCGUCGAAGCCGGCAUCCACGCCUGCAUAGCAGCGGGCAACAGCAACACAGACGCCUGUUCCUCCUCCCCGGCCUCGACGGGAGGCACCAACGGCCGUGCCAUCACCGUCGGCGCCAUCGACAUGAACACCCAGCGUGCGAGCUUCUCCAACUACGGUUCGUGCGUAGAUCUCUACGCCCCAGGAGUCGGCGUCGUCUCGUCAUGGAUCGGCGGCCAGAACAUGAUCAACAUCCUUGAUGGAACGAGUAUGGCUACGCCGCAUGUGACGGGGAUCGUGGCCUAUGCGAUGAGUAACAACAGUACCUUGGCGCAGAACCCGGGACUGAUGAAAGAGUGGAUUCGCAUGGUUGCGUUGCCCUUGCGCGAUGGAACGCUGAUGGCCACCAACGGAGCCUACUGA